UCAUCUCGCUGUGAAACCGUCAGACAGCCGCUCCUCUGCGGCAUCCUCAGCCAGCGGCGGUCGGUUCCAGAGGACUGAACAAGGACAUGGACAAAAGCUGUUCAAGCUACAGAGAUCCAACCCGUCGACAAAAAAGGCUUUUUUUUGGUCAUUUGCGCUGCGGAGAUAAUGUGAUGCCGUUGAUGUAAACGGCAGAAAAUACCGCAGUGACACCAGGAGGAUCGUUUUUUUGUUUUGUUUUGUUUUUACACAGGAAUCAUUCAGGAGUAAAGCUUGGGAUUGAAACCCUGAACGAUACAACAAGACGUCUGUACUUCAUCACCGAGGAAGUGAAACUGCAACCCGUGACAGAGAGAUUCACUCACAUCCGGUCUGUGGGGAAUGUGUUGGGUUGAACCCAGUGAUCAGUCCUGUCAGCCGGAUCCCAAUACACCUGAAUGUUUACUGGAGAAACUAGAACGGAUGCUGCUGCAACUUCCUAAUCUCCAUCAUAAAGCGACCUACUUUUAUUUCUUCUCAUCGCAAAGGAAUGAAUAGACAACAGUUUGUCUUGCAGUUUGUCAGUUUGUUCUUGCAGAUUUUCAAAACAUAAUUAACCUCCUUCCAACGUUGAAAUCUGUUUGAUUCAUUUUGACAAAGCUUCUAAAAUGAUUUAAUCCAAAGUUAAAACCCAUACAGUGUGGAAAAAACACAAUGACAUGUAUUUUCAUAACUUUAACGGAAGCUCGGGGGGGGGGGGGGCAUGUUCCAUUUAGUAGCUGUUUUGGAACUUUUAGUAGCAGCUCGGGAUCUUCCUCUGCAAAUGCUGUUUUUCCAAUACAUAAAAACUGUAAAGGCAAGCUUACUUGCCAGCUUACUUGUCAUUAUUAGAAAGCAUAGAAGCUGAAAAGGUAUAAAAACUAAAGAAGGCAUUUCUCAGACUGGACUAAUUUUAAUUUAUUGUAACUUGUGAAAUAAGUGCAUUUGAUUAUUUAAAGUCUUUUAGCUUGGAUUUAUUAGUGCAAGAACCGCUAGAACACACCAGAGCAAAACUCCAAGCAAAAAUUGAGCACUUUAAAGUUAGUCCGAACAGAUGUUAUUUCAUCCAACACCCCACAUCUCUUGCAUGCAUUAAAAGAAACUGACUUUAAAUCAGUUGAUGAGUAUAUGACACAUUGUCACAUACCGUUGUGAUGCUGGACGUAGGGAAAAUGAAAGACACCUGCAGGAUCUGCGCCCGCGAGCUCUGUGGCAACCAGCGCCGAUGGAUUUUUCACCCUGCAGCCAAGCUCAAUCUGCAGGUUCUGCUGUCCCACGCCCUGGGUCAGGAGCUGAUCAGGGACGGCCGUGGUGAGUUUGCCUGCUCCAAGUGCGCCUUCAUGUUGGACCGUAUGUACCGCUUUGAUACAGUGAUCGCCAGGGUAGAGGCACUGUCACUCAAGCGUCUUCAUAAGCUGCUGCUGGAAAAAGACCGGCUGAGGCAGUGUGUUGGACACCUGUACUGGAAGAACAAUACAGAGGACUGCAAUGUGGCACCAUCUGGAUCUGCCUUUGUAGUUGGGAUUGAGGUGGAGUGUGAAUGCUCUCCUGUGAUGGAUCUCUCAGCACUGCAGGAUAUGAGAUACUCAGAUAUGAUCCAGGAUGAUCUGGCUUACUCUGUGUAUGAGUCAUGGGCUGAUAAGGAGGACCCUGUUCUGGACCACCAUCAGUGCACAGGAGCAGACUCCAUCUCUGGCCAGAAGCCAAUGCGAUGCAGAGGUUGCGCAGCACUGCGUGUCACUGAUUCUGACUAUGAGGCCGUGUGUAAGGUGCCUAGACGGGUUGGACAUAGGAGCACAUCAUGCGGUCCGUCUACCCGCUACUCAGCAGCCACCCUGGGGAUGGAGGAUCUGGCCGGAGUCUGUGGAGCAGCUGAGGCUACAGCUGUCACCUCUGAGUCCCCUUCAGCUGAGACAGAGACUGAGAAAACCAUGUGUAACCAGACCCGUUUCAGCCCUGCAUCAUCUGUAGAGUCUCUCAAUACCACCGUGGACAUUGGUUCCCCCUCUGCAAACCACGUACAGAGCGAAGACACUGAACCAGAUAAAGAUGCACAGAACGCUCCAUUGAGAAGGGAUGCUCCUUGGGGCAAACCACCAAGUGAGACCUCCCCCUCUGGGCUUGAAAUGAUGCUGAGCCUCCUGCGGGACUGGGAGUACCGGCCUGUGAAACCUCAAAAGGGCAGCAAGCUUCCAGUUCUCGUCAAAGCCAAACUUGAACAAGGCCUGUCACUGCCUUUCCCACUGCGCUCACCCUGUGGUGAAGCAGACUGCGACCUCUACCGCCACCAGAUUAUACCAGAGAUUGUAAUGCCAGAACUGGUUGAAAUGGAGCAACAGUGGCUAGAUGAAUAUGUUCAGUGCGGUCCCUUUCACUUUCAGCAGCAGCUAAUUGAUGCGCAGCAUGGUCAGCUAAGCCAGUAUGAGAAUGCUGCAGGUCAGUGUGUUGGAGAGUUGCAGAAGGCCCAGGAUCAUGUCUGUUCGUUACAGGCCAAGAUCAGAGAGAGUGAGACCAGGAACCAGAAACUGCAGGAGCGUCUUGGUGAAAUGGAACUUGAAGUGCGGUUAGUCCGAGAGGAAGCCCUGCAGCAGGAACGAAAUAUCCAGAACGUGACUGAUACUGUAAACUCCAAGGAGGCAGAGGUUGCGGAGCUGUACAGGGUGAUUGAGGAGCAAAGUAGGAUGUUGUGUUGUCUCAAAGAACUCGCUAACCACAAUCAGCUGCAGCAGCUGCAGGGCUCUGGUGCAGAGACUAUUAGAGGUCAGGCAGAGAUCCUGGCUCUGCAAACGUCUCUGUUCCAGGCUCAGCUGGAGCUGCAGGCCAGCCAGAGGUCACAACGGCAGGCAGCCAGGACUGGAGAGGACCUAAGGCGGGCCAUGGAGAGGCUAGAGAAGGACCUGCAGGGAGCACUGCAGCACAGGAGGGAGACGGAGAGGCACAACCAGGAGCUGCAGUUGGCUCUGGAAAAUGCUCAGUCAGCUCUGCAGGACAGAGAUGAGCAGCUGAGAGAGGGCAAGCAAGACAGGCAGAGGGAGAAGGAGGAGAGAGAGAAGACAAUCAGAGAGCUGAAGAUGUCCCUGCAGACCAAAGAGCACCUGAUGAAGGACUGCUCUGAACUGUUGGAGAACCCAAAGGAGAAGAGAGACUCUCUGCUUCAGAAAUUUUGCCAGCGUAUAAAGGAGAAAGACCGGGCUCUGGAGCAAGCGGUGGAUGAGAAGUUCCGCUGCAUGGAGGAGAAAGAAGAAGAGACUCGUCGACUGCAGUUGCUCCUCAGAGAGAAGGAGAGAGACGUGGAGAGGCAGCGCUGCACCCUGGCCAACAACGAGGAGACCAUCACUAGCCUGGAAAUGCUGAUGCGGGGUAAGGUUCUGGAGUUGGAGCAGGUGUGUGAUGCCUUUAGGAAUAUCAAGCAGCAGCAGCAGGAGAGCGAGGAGAGGCAGACCCGCAUCCUGACAGAGAGAGAUGCCAUUAUCAGCCAGCUGCAAGCAGCGCUACAUACUCGCACACAGGAAGCACAGGAUCUGCGCUGCUCCCUGGUGGCGCAGGUCCAGUCUGCUCCAAGCAUUAUGGAGGAGCUGAAGGUCGGCCUCCAACUUAAAGACCGCCUGUUCCAGGAAGUGCUAGCUGACCGGGCCUAUCAGGCCCACGACCACCAGAAGCAGGUCCAGAAUCUGCUCAGAAACAUCAUCUCCAGGGAUCAAUACAUUCAGGACUCUGCAACCCGGCUUGGUGAGGUGAUAACUGAGCAAGCAUCAAGACUUCAGGUACUUCGCAAACAGCUGAACUCAGGUCUGGGAUCACAGCAGGACUCUGGACCAGACUUGGCUGUGCAGCUCCAUGCGGUUCAGGAGGAACUUCAUCGGGCCCUGAGGAGGGAGAAGGAGAGCAGGGAGCUGAGCAGGAGUCAGGCUGUCAGGCUGGACUCCCUCAACAGGGCUUUGCAUGUGAAGGAGGAGAUUAUCAGGGAAUUUGAGCUACAGAUGAUGGAUCCUUCAGGCCUCCCCCUGGUGGAGCGACUGACACAGGAGGUCCAAGAGCUGAGGGAGAGUCUGGUCCAUCAGGAUGGUUUAGCCAGAGGCCCUGCUCUUGGCCAUGACUGGCCAAACAGUAGGCAGCCUGAGUCUGGAGAACUUAGCUCGGAGGAUGAAGACCAGGCCGAUGACAUUAACAGCAAGUACACUGAGAGCAUUGAUGAAGAGAAGUCCAACACCAAGGAUCUUUGGCAUGAUGGUCAUGGGCUGAUGGAGGUGAAACAGUUAGUGGAGCAGAAGAGAGUGGUGGAGAGAGAGCUGGGAGAGCUGAAGGCUCAGCUGGAGAAGGCUGGGUUCUCCUCACUGUCACAGAUGAGGAAAGCUCUACUCAAUCUACAAACAGAAAACAAAAAUUUAAAGCAUCAGCUGACUGAGUGGCUGCAGAAAAGCAGUAAACAGAUUGAUGAGCAGAUGGUGCUGGAGGGUGAAGAUGAGGAUGAGGAAGAGGAACUGGAUGUGACCAUAGAAGGUGAGGAAGAGGAGGAAUGGGAGGAGGAAGAAACAUCAGAGCUGUGGGAGGCCUGUGAUGGAGAGCUGUCCCUGUCUCAGGCUAAGGUCCAAAUCAGUGAUGAACAAAGGAAAAAGACAGCCAAUAGACCUGAAUCCCUGGACCUGUUUAGCAACUCCUCACAGGAUGAUGGCCUGGCUAACAAGGAGUUGGCUGGUCGCCAGCAGACUGCUGCGUCCUCUGGGAUGUGGGAAAAAUCAGUUCACCUGCAGCAGAAGCGCAAGGAGCUGCAGGAGAGGCUAAUGGUGUCUGAGGCCACAGUGCAGGCUGAGGCGGAGCAGCUCAAAGACUACAGGGAGCUGCUUACAGAAACAGCUGUGAAACAGAACAGUAAGCAGAUCCGGGUGGACCCGCAAGACCUGGGCUAUGAGACCUGUGGCCGCAGUGAGAACGAAGUUGAGAGGGAGGACACCAGCAGCCCAGAAUUUGAUGACCUAGAGAUGUGUACAUCUCUUGACUGUUCUUCCCAGUGGUGGCCUGCCAGCAGCACCACUUUCACCAAAACCACCACCCAAAGCUCUGGCUGUGGAGAUGAGGUCUUGUCUCUUCAGUGCCAUGUUGAGGACCUUCGUUCACAGUUGUCCCGCUCUCAGGGAGUCAUUCGGGGACUUCAGACCCGCCUCUGCAGCCUCUCCAUCUCUAGUGACUAUGGACCCUCCACACCUAGCAAGAUCAAUUUGUCCCUCCAGGCCUCUCCCUCACGGGCUGGGACAGAGGAGGACGAGGGCUGGCAGUCAUCUGAUGGAGGACCACUGACUUUGUCCCUUCACCAUCAUGCAGACAAGGGCCUUCAGCAGCUUGUGUCCCGUGUGGAUGCACUGGAAGACCAGCUUAGGAAAGGUGGCAAGAAGGCUGUCACUGAGGACGUAAAGUCUGCCACCUGGCCGGGUAAAUUUGACACACUGAUCCAAGGUCAGGCCAGGGAGCUGUCUCACCUUCGCCAGAGACUGCGAGAAGGUCGAUGCAUGUGCAACAUCCUCACCCAGCACCUGGGAGACACCACAAAGGCCUUCGAGGAGCUGUUGCGGGCCAAUGACAUUGACUACUACAUGGGCCAGAGCUUCAGGGACCAGCUAGCUAAGAACUGUGCUCUGGCACAGCGAGCCAGUGCAAAGAUCAGUGCAAGAGAUCACUCUGAAGAUCCAGAUGAGAAGACAGAACUGCUUGCCAUCCGGCUCAGUAAGGAGCUGCAGCAGAAGGACAAGGUCAUUGAGUCUCUCCAUGCCAAACUAAACCAGCAUCACCAACAUCAUCAUCCUCAUCGUUCUGACACGCCCUGCAGUAGCCAUGCCCUCUCAGACACAACUGACCAAUCAGAUCGCAUCUCGUAUGUGUCCGAUGAGCAUGGAUCCACAAAGGAGGAGCUGGAGUUGUGCUCUGAUAUGGAUCCAGACAGUGAGCUUGGUCAGGAGGAAACCCAGACUUCGACCGGUGUCAGCAUAGAUGGUCACUCUUACUGUGGCACCAUGUCAAGCCAUGGAUCCAUUGCUCCAUCCAUCACGCCAUCUCACCGUGCCCAGUCCUGUCUCAGCUGUCCCAGCAUGCAAUGCUCAGGCUCACCACACAAACCUACAGCUGCGCAGAGUCAGACAGGUAUGAAGAAACCCAAAAAUGCAUCAGCUUCUGCCUCAGUCAGCUCUACUCUCUAUCACCCUCCUCCCUGCUUCUCCACCCAGACGACACACUUGCCCUUCCAUCCUCACCCCUCAAACCUGCAUACCCGUUACCAAGGCAGCGGGGGUGUGGGCUUCUCCCUGGCUGAGGUGCAUCAGGAGCUGCAGAUGUUACAGAGACAGUUGGGAGACAGUGACAGGUUUUCCACUCCCCAGUCCAAACCUCUGCAGGGUUUCCCAUUAUCCCAUCAGCAGCCAGACUCCUCUGGCUUCCUGUCUCUCUCCUACCAAGGAUUUCAACCGUCUCCUUUUGGCAGUGCUGCUAGCAGCAGCAGCCUGGAUGCCUGCUUGGCAAUGAAAGCCAGUGCAAACCUGCUGCACAGCAGUGCAUUAUUGGAUAUGGCCUAUGAUACUCGACCAGUGAGAGCUGGAGCCGACCUGUCAUCAGGAUCAUCAGGGUACCAGUCAGGUACCAUCACAGGUUCAGACUUAAUGAAAGAGCACUUGACAGAAAUUAGAAGUCUGAGAAGGAGACUGGAAGAUUCUAUUCAAACCAAUGACCGCUUUCGACAGCAACUGGAAGAGAGACUGGCUUGCACUGCCACAGAGAAAGGUGCUCCUACUAACAUCUACAUUCACGGCCUGGAUUCAGCCAGCCAGCUUUCCAGUGAGAUUAUGCUUUUGAAAGAGAAAAAUGUCAAUCUGGAAAACCAGCUAAAGCAGGUCACAAGAGAAAGCAAUAAGGAGGCAGAGCAGCUGAGGGAGGCAGCAUUCAUUGAGCAGUCCAGACUGAAAGAGGCCCAGUUGGAGGCAGAGAGGUGGGCAGAGCAAAGCAGGAAGCUGCAAGCUGAGGCUGAAUCCCACAGCCGAGAGAUCACACAACUGAAACACCACAGACUGAGGGACCAGGAAUCUAUCCAUAGGCUCCAGCAUGACAUGAACAUCGUCUGGCAGCAGCUCUGUGAGAGCCACAGUUUAGUCCACUCCCUUCAAUGUGAGCUGCAUGUGUAUCGUAGAGUCUGUGGAGUCAUUUCAAACACACCCUCUGGUCAGAUCAGUGCUAUUGACCAGCCAGGACACAGCACUGUCACAUUUGACCCCAAGACGCUGCUGGAUCAGCAACUGAGUGAACAGAAUGACACACAACCUCAAGCCAGGAGACAGCUCCUCAGUGGUUAUCUGUGUUGCUGUACAGAGCUGCAGCUGAGUGAAGGAGCUGCUCCACCCCUCAGACACCAGGAGUUCUGUCUGUCGGAGUUAACAGGCUCCAACAGACAUAACUCUGUUUUAGAUUUAGAAGCAUCCUCAACCUUGAAGGUGCAAUCCCCAAAUUGCUCCUUUGUCAACAGUAAUGACCGCCAUGCAGUCAGCCACAUUAAUAAUUUCAAGGCUCUGCAGCAGCAGAUCUUUGAAGGAAGUGCCAUCCUCUGUGGGAUAGAAGCCACCCUUUUUUCCUUGAGUACAUCACAGGAGUUCUUCCUCCAACAGUCUUCAGGCACAGGAUCCGUCACAAAGCUGCUGUCAGACACUAAGACCCUGCGACAGAUCCUAAACAAGGCUGAUUCUCUUGUGCAGAUAUUCUGGAGAGCAGCUCUGCCUGAGUCCGAGGAAACCCAACAGGUUCUUAGGGAGGAGGUUGUUUCUCUCCGACUGAAGCUUUCAGAGCGAGAUCAGGCUCUAAAGGAUGCGAUGGAGAAAGUGAAGAGCUCAAACAACACCAAAGAUAGCAUGGAACACUUUAUAGUUAGUCAAUUGUCAAGAACACAAGAUGUCUUGAGGAGAGCCAAGAUCAAUUUACAGGAGAAUGAACACAGGAUUUCUUCCUUUCGCCAAGCCUCAUUCUCCAUUCCUGCUUCCUCUCCCUCACCUUCCUCUUCUUUCUCUUCCUCUUCCUCAUACCCCUGGCCUGGUAAAGAUAAAAACACAGGAAAUGUCUGUGAACCCACCUUCUCUUCUGACUGGGGUGUGACACCCAGAACGUCACCCUCCAUCUCUUCUUCCACUUCUGUCCAGGGCCUGCUUCACCAGCUGCACCCCCUGCAGGCAGUUUUCCUGUAAUUCAGCAGCCCCAAGUCCCUCGUCACUGAUAUGUGUUCCUCUUCAAAAAAGAGAAUGCUGGAAAUUUUGUCUUUUGUAUUACUUGUAGAAGCAUCUCAUGUGAGUGUUUGACACAUGAUUGUUUAUGGAUGUGAAUGACUGUGACUGUUUUAUUACUGGUAUAAUGUGUGCAGUGGGUAUGAGGAUUUUUCUGGAGGCCAGCACCUGAAGUGCUUUUCCUCCUUUAUAUGAGACUCCUCUGUAAUUUAGUGGAAAUUGGCUUAUGAUUUAUUGCUUCUGAUAUUUUUUUCCUUUUACAUUUUCACAAUAUGAGAGUUCAACAAAUAUGAAACCUAAUUUAAAACAGUGGUUGGGAUUGCAGGGGCCAGUUGGUUAAGGAUUUAAAGUUAAAUAACUGCAUGUUUUAAAUGUAGACUGGUCUUAUGUAGUUUAGGCCGAUUUAUUUCAUUAAUUUAUUCUUUUUAAGUGUUGAAUUUCUCAAACAAAAUUUCCAAAGCUUCCUCACAUUUUCUCUCAACUUACAAAUCAGAAAAUGCUAAUCAAAAGACAAUUAUAAGCCAUCAUCAGCUUUGAAUUUCAGCAGCAAUUCAAGAAUAUAAAAUCAAUUUGAUGUCAGCAGGAAAAGAGAACUUCAAAAAAGCCAAACCAAACAGCCAAAUGCUUCCUCUUGGCCUCUGUGGAGUCUCAUGGUUGUAGUUUGUGUGUAGAAUAAAUGGAUGUGGUUGGAGCAGUUAGUGGAAACAAAGGGUACAGUAGAUAUGUUUUUGUUUUGCCCUAUCUGUAGACAAAAAUGUCCAAAAAAUGGCCAACUACUGAUAAUAUAAGAAAGACAUACUAUAGAAUUAUCAAUAAUCAGUGUAGUCACACAAAUGUUAAAUUAUGUUCACUUGCAUUUACUCUCAAAACACCAUUUGAGGGACCUUUCUCUUUUCUGUCCAGAGUAUUCCUGUUAAACAUGGAGACAGUUCUCUUUAGAUAUGAACAGGGUUGACCAAUUUGCUUCUUACUGAAACAGUAACUUGCAGUGAUGAAAAGUUGAUAUAUGUAGCAUCUUAAACCAAGUUAAAUUAAAACAAGCACGUUACAGAUGCCUUCAUACCUGAUAAUCUAUUUCUAUAGAAAAAAUCACCCUUUGACAACUGAGCAGUUUUACUGGCCCAAUCAUAUUUGCCUUAAUCCGAAUCAGUUUUAGAUAUAACAUGGAGUAAAGGCAAAGUGUGAGCAUAAAAGAGCACGGUAAUAGUAUAUUAAUGACGAACCAAACAGCUUGUAUGUUGUCCAUUUAAAGUGUAAAAUAAUCAGUUUUGAAUAUUUGUUGUAUAAUUCCCCCAAGGGCAAUUUCAAAACGUGUGGUUUUAGGAACCACAUCUCAUGUAUGUACAUAUUAGGGUGUACUACAGGGGUUUUUUUACUGCUAUGAGAGAAGACAAAGUUGUAUUUUUCUGCAUGUUCUCUUUAUUAAAAUGUUUGGGUUUAAAAGAGAAAAGAAAGGCAUUUUCGGUAAAAGGGAUAAUACAGUAUCUGACUUGUUUGGUGUCUUUCUUGCUAACACUUUUUAUUGUUUCUCUCAAGUAAAAUAUUGUCCCACAAACAAAAAUUAUUUUCUUUUGACUAAAAUGCAUUGCUUUGUG